AUGGGUCGCCAUGGCGUGACGAGGCCCGAGGUCGUGGUCCUCGUCGCCCUCGCCGCCGUGAGCCUCUACGUCUAUGGCCUUGCCCAUGGCUUGACGCUGCUGCCAGCACUGCUCUCAUUGGGCGUCUUGUUCCGAGGCAGUCGCGCGGCGAUACCACCGCCGCCACCACCGCCGCCGCGCCGGCACAGCCCCGCACCGAGCGACACGUCGUCGUCGAGCGACAUGGACAACGACGACGACGACACAGAUUCGAUGCCACCAACGGCGAGCGACGCCAUGGACCGCCGGCGGUCGUCGGCCGCGGACGCCGACUGCUUGCACAUGCUGCGCGUGACCGACGAGGUCGGCUCGGGCAGCGACGUGCGCAUCGUCAUGAACUCGGCGUCGCCCGUGCCCUUCGAGAACGACCUCUUUGCAGGUCACGUGUACUUUCUCGUCAAGACGGACCCGCCGAAUGCGACGUGGCACCACCUCUUUGACAAGCGCAAGCGCAUGUUCUGGAUCCAAGUGCAAGGUCGCUUCAAGCGGCAGCCGCGCGGCGUCGUCCUCGCGAGCGUCAUCAUGAGCAUCAUCCAGACCCUCGUCAAGGCCGUGCACUACGCAUUCGGCGACGCGCACGAGCUGCCGCACUGCGUCUUUCCGCUCUACCAGUCGGUCGACGAGAUGGUCAUCACACCACCUGGCGAGACGCCGCCUGUCCUCGGCCAAGAAGCCUUCGGCGAGUCCAAAGCCGAGCACCUCGGGCGCAUGAAGACGCCGUGCGGCACCGAAGUCUACGACCUCGACGCCACCUACACAUUUCACUUCCACACCAUGUACGUCGACUUGACGCAGUGGACGAUCAUCAACCUCCCGGGUAUGAAGGACGUCGCGCUCACGACCUUCUUCGAGGGUCACCCGCUGCGCCUCGUGUGCUACGACGUGGUCGCCGCCAAAAGCAGACACGACAAGGACGCGAAAGACUAUGUGUUUUGCUUCUCGGUCGCCUACACGACGCCCGAUCCGCGCCGCCACAGCCGCGCGACGCUCCUCCUGCCGGCCAUCGACCACAACAGCAGCGAUGACGACCCUUCGCUCGUCCCAGAGAUGACACCGACGACCACCAUAGUCGGCGUGCCGUAUUGGCUCGAGAUGGUCGACUUUGCGUUGCGAAAGCGCUGCGUCGUGUACCUCGUCGCGGUGGCCGAGACGCUCGCACUGCAGACGGUGCACUCGGCGGCGUGGCGCCCGUCGGCGCCGACGCAGUUGCAUGUCCGGUCCCGCCUUUGCCGCUACACGGCGAUCGAGCACCAGCGACGUGCGCUGCAUGAAGCGACGUCGACGGUCGUCGCGGCGCAACCCUUGCUCUGGCCACCGUCCUCGGCGACGCGGCUCGGCGUGCGCAUUCGGACGCAGCACCGGCAGCGCAUGGUCUUCCAGCAAGAAACGCUCCGCGCUCUUUCCAGCACGUGUCUGCGCCAGGAAUUCGUCGUGCUCACGCAAGACGGACUCCAUUUGUACCGAACGCAGUCCAAGUCGCCCGUGCGUAGCAUCGCGAUCAACCUUGUGCUUCGCGCGAGCGCGGUUGCGUGGUGCCCCGGCCUCGACCACACGUUUGUGGUCCAAACGCUCGUCCUCGAGGCCGCGAUCAAGCUCAACAUGCUCCUCGACGACAGCAUCGUGGUUCGAAAGGACGCGGCGACGCUCGCCGACAAGGUGUCGGACUUUCUAAGUGCCACGUGUGCGCUGCGCCGCGUGCAGUUGUGUCGCCUGGAGCGAUACGAAGACCGGCUGUGCUUUUACCUCAACGUCUACCAAGCGCUUCUGUGGCACGCCAAGGUCGCGUUUGGGCCGCCGAAACAGUGGCUGCCGUUCAGCCGACGUGUGUGCUAUGCGAUCGGGCCGCUCGAGUUGUCGCUGGCGGAUAUCGAGCAUGCGAUUUUGCGGGCCAAAUUGCCGCCGUCCGUCUUGGUGCCGCCGUGGCACAAGACGGUCGCUGGUAGCAUGCGCGCGCUUCAAGCCUCGCACGGUGUCCAGCACCCGGAUUUCCGCGUCUCGUUCGUCCUGCAUGUGCUCGAGCCACUCGUCACGUUCUUUGACAGCGAGUUUAUCCACGAGCAGCUCAACGCGGCCAUGAGCCGCUACCUCCAGGACGCGAUCCGCGUCGAUGACGACGCGCGCGUCAUCACAUUGCCCAAGAUCUGCGAGUGGCACAAGGCGGAUUUUGGCAGCGCCAACAAGGACGGGCUGCACUGCGCGCGGCGGCUCGUCGGGUUCCUCGACGGCGACCUCCACAGUCGCCUGCGCCGCCUCGUUGAAGCCGACCCGCCACCGCACGUCAAGUAUGCUUAA